AAUUAAAGUGGCGUAAUUCAAAAUUUUAAGAAAACGAAAUUCGUACAUCAAACGUCUUAAAAAGAUGUAAUCUACCGGUUUAUCAAUAUUAAAAAGACUCUUUUGGGCCAGAACGGGACAAACGUACUAUUUCCGUCUCUUUCAAAUCACGCGGUUACCCCGCGCUCCUUGGUUUUGAAGGAGCCCCUUUAGUGUUGCGUCGACAGAGCUAAACGCUGGGUCCUGCGCGGUUGCUCCGUGAUCGGCGUAAACUGUAAUCCGUCGUUUUAAUACAAAACGCAAGUUGAAUUUUGAGAUUAAUAAUGAAACGAGCAGAUCAUAUUUUACAACUAUUAAAUAAUAACUGUAAUGAAAAUAAGAGGCAAGAACAGUAUGAAGAGAUGGGAACCGGAAGUUCUGAAGCGUGUGAGAAGGAAAACUAUUUACAACCAUUGAAUAAGGCGACGGAUGAAGGUAUUGGUAUCAAUUCUGUAAUUUCACCGCAAGUCGGACCUGAACAGCGGAUUUUAGCACCAAUGUCACAGAACACGAGAGUUCGGUCUAGUAGUACAUCGUCAUCCAGUUCUACAUCAACAUCUUCAAGCUCCAGUUCAUCGUCAUCAUCGGCAGAGGCUUCUACAUCGGCGAAACAGUACAAACAUGACGUGAACAUUGACAGCUCACCUUCAGUCAUACCAGGUACUCCAGAGCCUUCGACUAGCAAAAAACGUUUAGAUACAGUCAUCAACUACCACCAAUCCCCUGUGAAUUCUGAAGAAUCAGACGUUGAUCUAAGUGAUACUGAUCCCACUUAUAAUAUCUCAUCAACACAACCACCACGUCGGAUUAGUUCAUCAACCACCAUGUCAGAUAGUGAAAAUGAUAUAAACGAUGCAAUUGUUUCAUAUGAAUUAGUUCCUCAAACCAAAAAAUCUAGAAAGCGCCUCCGCAAUCCAUCUCAGUGGAAACAAAACAUCGUGAAAUCGCUUCGAAACAGUGGGAAAGCCUAUAAAUCACUCUCAAAAUCUAAUAAAGAGGUCCCUGCUAAAAGAGUAAAAGAUAGUUGCGUUUGUAGAUUUCAUUGUUCUGAUAACAUAACACCUGAUAAGAGACGCGAGAUAUUCGACUGUUAUUGGAAGCUUAGUAAUAUAGACUUGAAGCGAUCUUUUAUCCAAUCUUGUAUGAUGGAGGUAAACCCCAAAUAUAAGUACACUAAUGCUGCCAAUCCUCGCAAACCAAAUACGGCCUUUUAUUUUACUGUUGAUGGCAAAAAAAUCCGCGUAUGUAAAACUUUUUUUAUAAAUACUUUAGACAUAACAGAAAGACAAAUAAGAACUGUGAAAAUGAAAACUAAUUCCACUGGAUUUGUAGCAGAAGAUCUUAGGGGCCGUUCUAGAAGCCGAGCGCCGAUCGAUCCAAGUCUUGUACAAGAUAUCAAAAACCAUAUUAAUAGUAUACCGCGCAUAGAGUCCCAUUAUCUAAGAUCUUCUACUACAAGAGAAUAUAUUGAUGGCAGCAAGAGUAUAAAAGAACUAUGUAGAGACUUUAACACAAAUCAAACCAAAGAAAACAAACCCCACGCUGCAUACUGGAUCUAUUACUUGAUAUUUACAACUGAAUUUAAUAUAAGCUUCUUUCAACCCAAAAAGGAUUUGUGUGAUUUAUGUACAAGUUAUGAAUUAGCAUUAUCAGAAGAAAAGUUAGGUAUACAAGAAAAGUAUGAAAAGCAUAUUAAAGAAAAGAAUCUGUGUAGAGAGGAGAAGAGAAAUGAUCGUUCUAACAUUAAUGAAACAAAUAUUUGCGCCGUUUACGACUUAGAAGCUGCAAUGACUUGUCCUAAGGGUGAUGUUUCUUCGUUUUAUUACAGAUCUAGACUUAACUGUUAUAAUUUUACUAUAGUUGAACUAGCUCCUAAAUCAAAAGAUAGCAAUAAACAGAAAAAUGAUAGUGACUUAGGUGCAUAUAAAGAUGUAUACUGUUACUUUUGGAAUGAAACACAGGGUAAUAAGGGGGCUACUGAAAUAGGUUCUUGCGUGUUUGAUUACUUAAAGACUGUUAGUGAAAAUAAUGCAGGAAAAACUUUAAAUAUUACUUUUUAUUCUGACAAUGCUAAUGGGCAGAAUAAAAAUAAAUACAUUGCUUGUUUAUACUCAUAUGCAGUGUUCCAUUUUGACAAUAUUCAGUCAAUAACACAUAAAUAUUUAAUUAAGGGACAUACUCAUAACGAGGGGGACAAUGCACAUAGUUUAAUAGAAAAAGAAAUUAAGAGAAACCUAAGAUCUGGUCCUAUUUAUAUACCUCAACAAUAUGUACCUUUAUUAAGGAGUGCUAGAAAAACAGGCACACCAUUUAAAGUAAAAGAGUUAGAUUACAAUUUUUUCAUAGACCUAAGAGCUUUACAGAAUGAAUGGGGGUAUAACUUUAAUCAGGAUAUUGAUAAAAAUAUAGUAGGUUGGCGAGAUUCCGACAAUGAGAUAAAGGUGAUAAAAUUUGUGAAAGACAAGUUGUUUGUAUUUUACUUUAAAACUACAUACGGCGAAGAAAAUUUUAAGGAAGUAAAUAUGCGUAAUAAAAGAAAUAAAAUGAAAGAAGGUUGUGAAAUUACACUAUCGAAGGCUUAUAGUAACAAAAUAGAACUUGCAGAAAAUAAAAAGAAAGAUUUAAGUUAUCUUGUUAGAACUAUAGCAAUCCCUAGUACAUAUGCCUGGUUUUAUGAAACUAUUUUGUAAGAAAUCGAUCUCAUUUUGUGACGAAGCAAUUUAUUUUGUUGUCUUCGAACAAAUUUUAUUUAGAAAGUGUUUUUAAGUUUUUUUUAUUUUUUGAGAUACUUAUUGUUUUAUAGCCAAGUUGAGCAGUUUAUAUGAUGAAGCUUAAUAACUUUUUGUUUAUUGUUAUUUUCGAGAGAGUUUUUGUUUCAUAUUCCUUUGUCAAAAGGUUUUUAAAAACUUACUUGUUGUUAUGUUAUAUGUUAGCAAAAACAUAUUAAACAUAUUUUAUUAGAAAUUUUAUGGUUAAUAAUAACCAUUAGAUUAUAA